AUGAUUCGCGAUCAUGUUGGUAUCGAUAACGCACCGUGGUUAUGUAGAGUGAACUGCUUCGCCGUACAAAUAAUUCCACAUGUCACCUGCGAUCCGGUCAAAGAAUACAUGCUUCCGGUUGCGGAGCGUUUGAGGAGAUUGGCCGAGAUGGCCUACAAAGAUGAAGAGCACAUGCGAACGCAUCCCGAUGAUGCAGACGAAGGAACAGUUGCUGAGGAUAACGCUCGUCUGGUACGAGACGUCUAUGCAUAUUUUCCGAUUUUGAUGAAGUAUUGUGAUCUGCAUCGUGCACAGUGGUUGAAACAACCAUCUUGGGAGACCGAUGGAAUCUACGAGAAUGUUGCUGUCAUAUUCAAGAUAUGGUCGCUGUCUCAACAUUUCAAACGUGAGGAAUUGAAUUUUAUGGCGCAGUACGAAGAAGGCACUCUUGCGGUGGGAACAGGUGAGAUGAAAACUGGUAAGGCGGCAAUCGCAGAAAGGAAGAAGAAACGACGUGAGGGACAGGUAUUGAAACAGUUUUGA